AUAAUAAUAUUUUAUUUGAUAAUAAUAAUAAUUUUUGUAUCUCAUCCUAUUAUAUUAUUAAUUUAUAUUAUAUUAAUAACUAUAGUAUUAAUAUUAAUAAUAACAUUUUUGAUAAAAAGAAGAUGAUUUAGACUUAUUUUUAUAUUAAUAAUUUUAGGGGGUUUAUUAGUGUUAUUUAUUUAUAUAGCAUCCUUAUCUUCUAAUGAAUAUUUUUAUUUUUCAAAUAAGGGAUUAUUAGUUAUAUUAUUUUUUUUAUUAUGUUUUCCUAAUAUAAAAUUAUAUAAUAGUUAUAGAAUUAGACAUUUGAUAUUAAAUAAUUUUUUUAAUUCUUUUACUUUAAUUAUUAUAAUAAUAUUAAUAAUUUAUUUGAUAUUAUCUUUAAUCUUUAUUAUUGAAAUAAUUUCUUUUGUAAAUAUACCUUUACGGGUAAAAAUUUAA